GAAGGAAGAGAAGCCAAGCUUCCCCAAUUAAAGAGGACAAAUGUUUGUGGUUAGGGCGCCAACUUCUGCCUCGAAGAGUUUCCCCUAAUUAUGGAGAUGUGUGCCGGAAUCCGUUCACCCCGUCCUGGAUCUUCAAUGCCGUCACCGUUUUCGGGGGCGAUUUGUCGGACUCAGCCGAAGUCUCGCAUCCGUAGCGCCAAUGUGAGGCAAUUCUGGAGAGGAAUGAGGAUUUCCUACCGGAACGGAUCUAUUCCUUUGAAUCAGGAUUUUCCAAGUUUAGCCAGAUGCACUUUGGAUCGUUCAUUUUGUUAUGACAAGCCUAUUCCUGAAGAAGUUAUCGGAGAACCUGUCGGCGUAGCUUUGGCUGAAAGAGAAAUUGGUAACAAUCCUCGUUGCUUUGCAUGCGAAGCAAAAGGCGCCAUCCUCUGUAGGACAUGCUCUGGUUCAGGCCUAUACAUCGAUUCUGUUUUGGAAAGCCAGGGGAUCCUUGUGAAAGUCCGGUGUUUGGGUUGUGGAGGUACUGGAAAUAUCAUGUGUUCACAGUGUGGAGGGCGAGGCCACGUUUGAUUGGAAGAGGGGCAAAAACUUGCAGCUUCCUGCAAAUUAUGCCCUUGACGGUACUGCAUGCCUAAAAUGUUGUUCAUCUGUACUGGCAGCGCAUACCUAUGUUGUGGUAGAUUUCCUUAGUAGAUGUUCCUUUUACCAAUGGUAAUUGUAUAUGAAAUUUUGACACCUUUUACUAAAUCAUGCAAGCCAAAAAGAUUGCCUCAUUUCAGGCCAGUGAAGAAGGAGGAUGAUUCAGUCAGUCUACCAGAGUCGAAUUUUGGUUGGGGCAAGUAUGAAACAGAGUGGUGUUCAAAAACUCCAUUGAUUUCCUUAUGAUAUGGUUCCAUUUUACAGAGA